UGACAGCAUCCCCUUCCUCUUUCAGCCGUUUGAAAGCUCGCAAGGAGCCGUCAGGGCGCCUUUCUCUCCUUUCUGCGCAUCUCGCGCAAGGGCUAGAAGGACUGGUUGGUGGUGUCUUUUGUGGUUUAUGGCAUCGCCCCUCCUUCGCCCGUAAUCCAAAAACCCAAAAAAAGUAAAAAAGAAGGAAAAACAAAAACACCAUCGCAGCUUUGCGGGAGUCGCAUCGUCGCACAUCGCACACACCACGAGCCCCUUUGAGAAGUACACGGCUUCUCUUUUUCGUUUUUGAAGCCACCCGCUUCAUCUUUGUUUCCCACCCGCUUCGGUAUAUUCCUCAAAAACAAAAAACAAAAACAAACAGCAGUAAUGGCAACCGUAGCCCCUGAGAUUGUCGUCAAGCCCGCUUCUCUGUAUGUGGGGGAUCUGGACAAGGAUGUGACCGAGGCGCAGCUCUACGAGGUCUUCAUCCAAGUCGGCCCAGUGGCCUCCAUCAGGGUCUGUCGGGAUGCAGUUACUCGCAGGUCCCUUGGUUAUGGAUACGUCAACUUCAACGCAAGUGUCGAUGAGAAGGCAGCGGAGCGUGCCAUGGAGGCGCUCAACUUCACGCCCCUGAAUGGCAAGCCCAUGCGCAUCAUGUACUCCCACCGCGACCCCAGCUCCAGGAAGAGCGGAGUGGGCAACAUCUUCAUCAAGAACCUGGACGAGUCCAUUGACACCAAGGCCCUGUACGACACGUUUUCCCAGUUUGGGACAAUCCUGUCAUGCAAGGUGGCCUCCGACGGUGCCAAGAGCAAGGGCUACGGGUUUGUCCACUUUGAGAAGGAUGAGGCUGCCCAGCUUGCCAUUGAGAAGGUCAACGGCAUGCUCCUGGAAAACAAGCCAGUGUAUGUCGGCCCCUUCCAGAAGAAGACGGAGCGCCAGACCUCGGGCUCGGAGCCGACCUUCACGAACGUCUUUGUCAAGAACCUGGACCUUGAGGUGACUGAGGAGGAGCUGCGCGCCAAGUUCGAGGAGCACGGCCCGCUCAAGAACCUCGUGAUUAUGGUCGACGACAAGGGCAAGUCGCGCGGGUUCGGGUUCGUCAACUUUGAGAAGGCGGAGGACGCCAAGAACGCGGUGGAGGCGCUCAAUGGGCUGCAGGUCAAGAGCAAGGCGCUGUUCGUGGGGCGCGCACAGAAGAAGGCCGAGCGGGAGGAGGCGCUCAGGAAGCAGUUCGAGGAGAAGCGUCAGGAGCGCAUCCAGAAGUACCAGAGCGUGAACCUGUACGUGAAGAACCUGGACGAUGCCAUCGAUGACAACAAGCUGCGCGAAGAGUUCUCUGCCUACGGCACCAUCACCUCCGCGCGGGUCAUGAAGGGCGAGAAGGGGGCCAGCCGCGGCUUCGGGUUCGUGUGCUUCUCGGCGCCCGAGGAAGCCACCAAGGCGGUCACCGAGAUGAACGGCAAGAUCCUGCUGAGCAAGCCGAUUUACGUCGCCCUUGCUCAGCGCCGCGAGAUGCGCAAGGCACAGCUGGCACAGCAGUGGUCGCAGCAGGCGGCCCUCAUGGGCCAGCGCCCCGUCGGCGCCCCCCCCCUCCCCGGCACUGGCGGUAUGUACCCCCCCGGAACGCCCAUCUUUUACGCGGCGCCCGGGAUGCUGCCACCUGGCGCGCAGCGCCAGGGCAUGCUGUACCAGCCGAUGGUGCCCAGGGGGGGCUGGAGGGGGCCACGCCCGGGGUAUGCGCCGGUGCCGCAGUUUGGGGGGCCUCCUGGUCAGCGUCAGCCGCGUCAGAACCGCCAGCAGAGGCAGAACGGCCCUCCGCAGCAGCAGAGGCCCAACGCCAAGAACCAGCAGCAGCAGCCGAACGGCCCCCCUCCUGCCGGUCCCGUCCCUGCUCCGAACGGCGUUCCCGUCCCCGGUCCCGUAAUGGUUCCCAACGGCCCUGUCCCCGCCCCGCAAACCGCAGGCGUGCUCCCGGUUCCGACGAUGCUGCCCACCGAUGCGCCGCUGUCGGCGAGUUUGCUGGCUGCUGCCGCGCCCGCUCAGCAGAAGAACAUCCUGGGGGAGAAGCUGUACCCGCUCGUGCACCGCCUGCAGCCUGAGCUGGCGGGCAAGAUCACGGGCAUGCUCCUGGAGAUGGACAACAGCGAGCUGCUGCUGCUGCUCGAGUCGUCGGAGGCGCUCAACCUCAAGGUGCACGAGGCCAUCGACGUGCUGCGUCAGCACACGGGCCUCGCAGAGGACGCGCCCGUCGAGGCCGUCGCGCCUGCCGUGCAGGAGGUGGCUGUCAACUAGAUUGGGGAGAACGGUUGGUGUCGUUUCGAGUAGGCAAAGAAGUGGCUGUCCAUCAGAGACGUGGCUGUUAACAGGGACAGGAAGAUGUGCGAUCGAGAAGUGGCUGUUUUGGCUGGGUGAGAACUUGUGUUUGAUGAAGCGUAGGGGUGACUUGUGCCCGGGAGUGGUUGUAGUGUGGAUGCUUGAGAAAGUGCAGGCUGAUGGUCGUGAUUCAUUUUCUGUUUGUUCCUUUUCCAUUGUUUCAUCUAUUCCGACAAAUUCUGUUUUUGAGAGUUAGCAUCGAGCUCACGUUCAAAGAAAGUCCCGAGCUUUGUGCGAUCGCUGAGAGCGUGUGUAUCGCAUGAAUGGGCUAGGUAUAGGUAAUAUCUAUGGUUAUAUGCAUUUAAAACCCCGUCAAGGAAGUAUUGACAUAGUCGGAUUCAUGUGCAUGGUCAAUUGCAAGGGUCAUGGCUGCUUCGCUAUACCCGACUCCGAGGAAGCUACUGGAC